AUGCUAGUAGAACGAAUUUUAGGUGGAAUCUACCUUUCCUCAAUAGAGCCGAUCAACAAUGGCGUGAAUCUCAAUAAGGAAUACGGUAUAACACAUAUCUUGUCGGUUCUACCGGGCCGCAUCGAGGAAACUUAUACCCAACAUUACCAACAUAAGCAGAUUGAGGUGACGGAUGAAGAAACAACCAACUUGAUUCCCUACUUCGAUGUAUGUGAUAUGUUCAUUGAUGAAGCCACCAAAGACAACGGUAAAGUGUUGGUUCAUUGUGCCCAAGGUGUUUCUCGAUCAGUGACUAUUAUUAUCGUAUACUUGAUGAAGCACUACAAAUUGAAUUUCGAUCAAGCCUUGCAUGCAGUAAAGAGAAAAUGUCCGGAAGCCGAACCCAACCCAUCAUUCAUACAGCAGAUCAAACUCUAUGCCCUUAUGAGCUUCACGGUUGACGAACAAAAUCCGGAAUACAGGGCCUACAUUAAUGACUUAUCUUUGAAGCAAGACCCAUCGGGGAACACCUUGCGAGAGAUUACAAUGAAUAAAGAAAAAACAGACUCCAAUGGAGAAGAAUUAUCAUACAACUUACGUUGCAAAAAGUGCCGAAAGGUGCUUGCCAACAACACUGACAUAGAGGACCAUCAACCCCCCACUUCAGAUUCACGACAAUCUCAAUUCAUCAAAACAGCUCCCAAUUCUCGAAGAAUUGUGUCGGUGCAACCAGCGAGCAAGCAAUGCUCUCAUUACUUCUUUACAGAACCAGUGGACUGGAUGAGGGAAGAGCUAGAAAAGUCUGAAAUUGAAGGGAAAUUCCAGUGCCCUAAAUGUAGUUCGAAAGUUGGUGGCUACAGUUGGAAAGGCUCUCGUUGUUCUUGCGGAAAAUGGAUGGUUCCAGCCAUACAUUUACAAGAUGCAAAGGUAGAUAAUAUAAAGACUAAAUAA